AUGGGAAGUGGAGGCCCGGGACUACAUGCAGGAGGCCCUUCCCAGGAGGCUGCCACACUCCUGGCCAGCAUUCUUAUAUCUCUGACUAGAGAGGUAAAUGAUUCAGCACCAGUGGACUGUGAGAUGGGAAAAUGGGGCGAAUGGUCUGAAUGUGACCCAUGCACAGAAAAGAAGUAUCGUUCUCGAAGCAUCGUGAGGUUUGGCCAGUUUGGUGGAGCUCGCUGUCUCAGCCACUUAGGAGAAGCUCAACGCUGCAAAGCAGAUAAGCCUUGUGAGGAAAAUAGGACUGACUGCGGGAAUGACUUUGAGUGUGAAACAGGUAGAUGUAUAAAGCAGCAGCUGGUGUGUAAUGAGGACAAUGACUGUGGGGAUUAUUCCGAUGAAGUCUGUGAUGACAAAGAUCCAAAGCCAGUUUGUCGCAAUAUGGAUAUUGAACUGUCAGAGAUAGGAAGAACAGCUGGAGAUGGGGUCAAUAUCCUUGGAAUGGAAACAAGAGGAAAUCCUUUUGACAAUGAAUAUUUUAACGGAAUUUGUAACAGAGUCCGCGAUGGAAAUACAAAGCUCUAUUACCGUACACCGUGGAAUGCCGCUGCUCUUGUUUACCAGACAAAAGCCGAUAAAUCCUUCUCUACAGAAACCUUUAAAAACUCUGUGGAACUGAUGUCUAAAGUUAUCAGAGAGAAAACAGAACACUUUGAAGCUUCAUUUUCUUUGAAACUGACACCGACCGAACUGAACGACAAUAAGGGGAAUGUGUCUAUAGGAGUCAAGCACUUUAAUAAUGCAACGCUUAAUAAACUGAAGGAGUUAUCUAAUAUAGAGAAUAAAUCAUUCAUGAGGAUUACAGGAACUGUCCAGUUGGCAAAUUUCCAGAUGAGAACAAGGAAUUACAUGUUAUCCAACUCUUUCAUUGAUGACAUUAAAAGCCUCCCAUCGUCCUAUGAGAAGGGAGAGUAUUUCUCUCUGCUGGAGAUGUACGGCACUCACUACACUGUAUCUGGCAGUGUUGGUGGUAAAUACGAUCUGGUGUAUAUAUUGGACACAGCUUCAUUAACUAGUAAUGAAAUAACAACAGCAGAUGUGAAGUCGUGUCUUGGCUAUAAUGUUGGUGUAAAUCUGGCAGCCGAAGGAGUCAAAGGAAACCUGAACAUUGAUGGUUCAAAUUGUGAAAAGGUCCUAACAAACAAUAAGGAGACGGCGGAGCGGUCUGGUGUCAUUGACAAUGUGGUGUCGCUCAUUGAGGGGGGCACUGUCGCCUUUGCAGCCAAACUCGAUGCAAAACUUCUUCAAAACAAACUCAUUGACAUUGAUGAUUUUGUGGAUUGGUCGUCCUCCUUGUUAGAUGCGCCUGUACUGAUAAAACAGAAGCCAUCGCCUAUUUAUACUCUGGUCCCAAUUGAUCUAAAAGAUGCAUAUAAAAAGUCACGUAACUUGGAACGAGCCAUUGAGGAAUACAUAAAUGAAUACAGUACGUGCAAGUGUCAACCUUGUAAGAACGGCGGUACUGUGAUGGUGGUAGACGGGGAGUGCUUGUGCAAAUGCCCGGAACGGUUUAAAGGUUUGGCGUGCCAGAUACCAAAGAGUGAACUAUAUAAAAAUCCUUCUGAUGCUAUUAAUGGUAGUUGGGGUUGCUGGGAAGACUCGUCCUCAUGUGUUGCUGAAGAAAAAAACCAGACCCGAAAAUGUGAACACCCAGCUCCAUCAUCUGGGGGUGAAUUUUGCCGUGGGGACAGCAUCCGAAAAGUCAUCUGCUGAUCACAAGACAUUUCAGAUGCCCGCAAGAAGUUCUCUAUCAUAACAAAGACAGAGUUCAACCAGACCAAGAAAUAUAUCCAGCUGUACACCACAGGACUCAUCAUAUUCAUCUUUGAUAUGUAAAGAUUUUCUCGAAAUGCAAAAAUAAAA